UCCGGGGUGGGUGCGGGUGCGGGUCCGGUUCCGGGGCGGGCCGCGGCGGAGCAUGGCGCGGAGCACGCUGUCCUCCCGCUUCCGCCGCCUCGACAUUGACCAGUACGACGAGAACCGCUUCGUGGAGGAGCCCGAGGAGGCGGCGGCCGCAGAGCCGGACUCCGGGCCCGAGGUGGAGGCGCUGCUGAGGCAAGGGGACGCGCUGCGAGCCUUCCACACCGCCAUCCGGAGCAGCCCCGCCAACAUGAAGAACCAGGCCAUGAAGGAGCAGGCCCAGGGAACUAUGCUUAAAGUCCUCACAUCUUUUAAAAGCAGUGAAAUAGAACAAGCAGUGAAUUCUUUAGACAGAAACGGCAUUGACUUGUUAAUGAAGUACAUUUAUAAAGGAUUUGAAAAGCCAACAGAAAAUAGCAGCGCAAUAUUACUGCAGUGGCAUGAAAAGGCAUUAGCAGUAGGUGGACUAGGGUCCAUAGUAAGAGUUCUUACAGCAAGAAAGACUGUUUAAAAGACUAUUAACUUGAACCAAGACAACGAUCAGUUUUGGACUCGGAAGAAGGAAUGAGCUGAAAUUACACUGGUCCAUCUUUAUUAGAGAUUGCAAUCUACUGAAAUACUAUGGAAACCUCUUGGAAUGCUUUUAACCUCAAAGGUGGGGGCAUAGUAAAGGUAUUCCUACAUAUUCCAACUAUCACAUACAGGAGCCAAGACAUUCUCCUGAUCCCUCUUUAAAAGGCAGAGAGAGAGCACACUCCUGCCUCCUAUUACUGUAAUAGAACAGGUAUUUUCAGAUGCUGCUUUAUCCAAGCGUGGUGAGACAGAACCCUGCGUGUGCUGCUGAUUCACGAGGUAGCUGUGGCCUGGGCAGAUGCAAGACCCUGACAGCUUGUGGGCGGGAGAAGUGGUUGGUGCAAUGGUGGUUGUGUACUGGACAGACUGGUUGGUCUGUGGGGUUGGUUUCAGUGUAAAGUGCCUGCUGCAUCAAUAAAGUUCUUGGAUCACAAGAGUUAAA